CAGCAUCGCCAUGACACUAAGGACGGACAAAAUCGUGGUGACCGGUGGGGCGGGGUUUCUGGGACAGCACAUUGUCAAAAUAUUACAGGAAAGGGCCGACUAUGUCAAAGAAAUAGGUGUUUUGGAUCUGAAACCUUUCACCAAACAACUAGAAUAUGAGGACAAGAUUCCGUUGACAAGUUUUAUUGGCUCCGUCACGGAUUACAGUGUGGUAGAGAAAGCGUGUCGAAAAGCGUCCAGUGUGUUCCACGUGGCAGGACUAAUCAGCUUUGGGACGUCACCUGACGUUGACGCAAUGAUGGAAAUCAACGUCAAGGGAACACAGAAGAUACUUGAGGCUUGCGUGGAAUGUGGUGUUCAGAGACUUGUCUUGUGCAGCUCAGUUGACGUCGUAAUAGGAUUCGAUGACAUAAGAGAUGGCACUGAGCAGACGACAGGAAAACCAUAUAAAUUUCUGUUUCCCGGAUACCCAGAGACGAAAUACAUGCAAGAAUGUAUGGUUUUACAGGCCAAUGGUGGACCUACUGUCAAUGGAGAUACACUGGUUACAGUGUCUCUAAGAGCCAAUGUAAUGUAUGGAGAGGGGGAUCAGUACUAUGUCGCCAAUGGACUGUGCUCAGCUCAGAGCUCAAAGGGAACACUUGUGCAAGUAGGUAAUGGAAAAAAUCUGUUUCAGCAGUGCUAUGCAGGAAAUGCUGCCUGGGCAUUUCUUUGCGCUGACAAAGCCUUAAGGUCUGACAAAUCCAUUGGAGGACAGGCCUUUUUUAUACCAGAUGACACCCCACUAUCAAAUUCUUUUGAUUUCAUGAAACCAUUCCUUGAGAGCAGAGGCAUGACUCUUUCUUCCUACAAGAUUCCAUUUUCUGCGGUUUAUUGGCCACUUGUUAUGUUUGAAUUUGUUUUGAAACUUCUUUCUCCACUGGUGAGAAUCAACAUUCAAACAGCAUCGUGCAGUGUCAAGUACAUCAACAUGGACCUUUACUUCAGAAGGGACAAAGCUGAAGCUAUCCUGGAUUACAAACCCAUGUUUUCACCAAGUGAGGCCAUGAAGAUGUCACUCAAUUUUUAUAAGCAUAUGAAGUUAUGA